UCUACGAAUCAGAAUUUGUAUAAUAUAAGGACUUCUUUUUCUUCUCUUUCUAUCGCUCUUAAAGGAAACAUAGAAACUUAAGUGAUCCGUCGUGUUAUUAUUGAAGAGCCGUUCACAUCAUGAGACUUGUCAUUCAUGGGACCGUAGGAUGUGUUUUAUUGUUUUUCCAAUGCUUGCCUUGCGUAACCUGCCAGCAAAACUGGGAAUACGCAGACUACAAUAAAGUACCCAGUGCCUCGCCGGGAGCAAUAGUUGGAACAAUUUUGUUUACGUUGUUCCUUGUAAUUAUGUUCUUUUUCUUCGUCAUAUAUGGAACCUGCUUUACGGACGGUGAGGCGAGAGGCCAUGAAGUAUUGCACAGUAGAGCAACGGUUGCUGCGCUUGACAAAGAAGUAAUCGAGUCUUUUCCGACUUUCCUCUAUUCAGAGGUUAAAGGGCUAAAGAUAGGCACUGGUGGGGUUGAAUGUGCUAUUUGUCUAUACGAGUUUGAAGAUGAAGACACGUUACGUUGGAUGCCUCCUUGUAGCCACACUUUCCAUGGUAAUUGCAUCGACGUGUGGCUCUCUUCUCGGUCCACAUGUCCGGUAUGUCGUGCAAAUCUGUCUCUAAAACCUGGUGAGAGCUUUCCAUAUCCGUGCAUGGAUCUUGAAACGGGGAAUGCACGAAGAGACGUUAUAGAAUCCCAUGAUGACAUAAGCUUGGUAGAUAAUAUUGUGACAUGGAACAACGAUGCAAGUUAUAGAGCAACACGAUCAAGAUCUACAGGGUCAUUGUCAAACUGGCGUAUGGCUAAAAUAUUCUACCCUAGAUCUCAUUCGACCGGACGUUCAUUGGCUCAACUUGGUAAGAAUCUAGAUCGAUUCACACUGCAGUUACCAGAGGAGGUGCAAAGAAAAAUGGUUAGUUUGAAUCUGGUAAGGAGAAGCCAUAUGGCUUUACCUCAAGCCAUGAGUUCGAGACAGGGCUACAGGGACGGGUGUGUUGGGAGCGAGAGAAGCGGUUUCUUUCAAGGACAACAAACACUUAACCGUGCCAUAUCUAAGUCUCUCUCUUUCAGUAUUCAAGCAGCUUCUUUUCGGUCCACAAUUGGCAGGGACGAUGUAGUGCUAGAGACUUCCGAAGUCAAGGAGAAAGAUCUCGGUGAACAGUCGUUCCGACGCCUCAUGCCAGAGAAAGUCUAAUCUUUGUAGUCGAGUAGAUAUGUGUGUCCUAUCUGUCGUGCUG